GCGGGGUCGAAGAGCGCAGAGCGAGGAGGGCGCACAGCAGCAGCAGCAGCAGCAGCAGCAGCAGCAGCAGCAGCAGCAGCAGCAGCAGCAGCUGCUGCUCAACCCCUUGGGCCGGUUGCAGCACAGCGUGUCGCACAGCAUGUCGCAGAGCGGGGGGCUGAACCUGCAGGAGGAAAACCUCCAGGGUUCCUGGGUGGAGCUGCACUUCGGCGGGAACAACGGCAGCGGGGGCGGUGCUCCCGCCUCCGUUUCCGCCUAUAACGGGGACAUGGAGAAGAUCCUCCUGGAUGCGCAGCACGAGUCUGGGAGAAGCAGCUCCAAGAGUUCUCACUGCGACAGCCCUCCGCGCUCGCAGACGCCUCAGGACGUUAACAGAGCUUCGGAAACGGACACCCACAGCAGUGGGGAAAAGAACAGCUCGCAGUCGGAAGAAGAUUAUAUCGAGAGGAGGAAAGAAGUAGAAAGCAUCUUGAAGAAAAACUCAGACUGGAUCUGGGACUGGUCCAGCAGGCCUGAGAACAUCCCGCCCAAGGAAUUUCUCUUCAGACACCCGAGACGCCCGGCGGCCGCCCUCAGCAUGAGGAACACCAGCGUGAUGAAGAAGGGCGGCAUCUUCUCGGCCGAAUUUUUAAAGGUUUUCCUUCCGUCUCUGCUGCUCUCUCACCUGCUGGCCAUCGGACUGGGGAUUUACAUCGGGAGACGCCUGACGCCGUCGACCAGCAGCUACUGAGAGGCGACGGAGAGGCCAACCCCGCCGCCCCCCCGGCCGGCUCGGACGGUCAGCUUCAAGCCCUAGACGGCCGGCCCGCUGACCCUUCUUUAUUUUGUCCUAGCGUAGUCGGACGAGAGAGACGCCGUGAAGCCCAGCGUGCGCGCGUUCGCUCUCUCUCUCUCUCUCCUCUCCCCUCGCCCCCCCGCCCCCCACACAUACAAAUCCACAUCCCCUCCUCUCCCCCCCCAUUUGAAAUCACCUUAUUUCAUCUGCGUCGUACUGGUUAGGAUCCGCAUUUCCAGGUAGAGGAAGUCUGCCCUGACGGUGAUGCGUCUAGAACGGUCAGAAGAAGAAU